AUGUGGAAAGCCUCUGCCGGCCACGCUGUGUCCAUCCCCCAGGACGACGGAGGUGCGGAUGACUGGGAAACAGACCCCGAUUUUGUGAACGACGUGAGUGAGAAAGAGCAGAGAUGGGGAGCCAAGACCGUGCAGGGCUCGGGGCGUCAGGAGCACAUCAACCUCCACAAGCUGAGGGAGAAUGUGUCUCAGGAGCACCGGAGCCUCAAGGAGCGGGAACUGGAGACGGGCCCCAAGGCCUCCCACGGCUACGGAGGGAAGUUCGGCGUGGAGCAAGACCGCAUGGACAAGUCAGCUGUUGGCCACGAGUACCAGUCGAAACUGGCCAAGCACUGCUCGCAGGUCGACGCCGUCCGAGGCUUUGGAGGCAAGUUCGGAGUCCAGGUGGACAGAGUCGAUCAGUCCGCCGUAGGCUUUGAAUACCAGGGGAAGACCGAGAAGCAUGCCUCCCAGAAAGACUACUCGAGUGGCUUUGGCGGCAAGUAUGGCGUGCAGGCGGACCGCGUGGACAAGAGUGCGGUGGGCUUUGAUUACCAGGGCAAGACGGAGAAGCACGAGUCCCAGAAAGAUUACUCCAAAGGUUUUGGCGGCAAGUAUGGGAUCGACAAGGACAAAGUGGAUAAGAGCGCCGUGGGCUUCGAGUACCAAGGCAAGACGGAGAAGCAUGAGUCACAGAAAGACUAUGUCAAAGGAUUUGGAGGAAAGUUUGGUGUGCAGACAGACAGACAAGACAGAUGUGCGCUUGGCUGGGAUCACCAGGAGAAGGUGCAGCUCCACGAGUCCCAGAAAGACUACUCCAGAGGAUUCGGUGGGAAAUACGGGGUGCAGAAGGACCGGAUGGACAAGAAUGCGUCCACCUUUGAGGACGUCGCCAAGGUGUCCCCUGCUUAUCAGAAGACAGUCCCUGUAGAAGCAGCGAACAACAAGACCAGCAACAUCAGGGCGAACUUUGAAAACCUGGCCAAGGAGCGCGAGCAGGAGGACAGGCGGAAGGCGGAGGCGGAGCGAGCCCAGCGGAUGGCGAAGGAAAAGCAGGAGCAGGAAGAGGCCAGGAGGCGGCUGGAGGAGCAAGCCCAAGCCACAAAGCAGACGCCGCCUGCGUCCCCCACGCCCCAGCCGGCUAUCGACAGGCCACCAUCGAGUCCCGUGUAUGAGGAUGCAGCUCCGUUCCGAGCGGAGUCAAGCUACCCAGGCGCCGGCAGCCCCGUGAGCGAGCCCGAGCCUGUGUAUAGCACCAACGAGGGCCUGGCCUAUACCCCUGAGCCUGUCUACGAGACCACCGAUGCCCAGGCCCACUACCCAGCAGAGGAAAACACGUAUGACGAGUAUGAAAAUGACCUGGGGAUCACGGCUGUCGCCUUGUACGAUUACCAGGCUGCGGGUGACGACGAGAUCUCCUUCGACCCGGAUGACGUCAUCACCAACAUCGAGAUGAUCGAUGACGGCUGGUGGCGGGGGGUGUGUAAGGGCCGCUAUGGGCUCUUCCCGGCCAACUACGUGGAGCUCCGGGAGCUCCGGGCGCCCCCUGCCGAGCAGGAGCCCCCCCAUCUCCUCCCAAGCAGCCAGGCUGACCUUCAGGUGUGCGUCUUCCAGUAUGAUUCCACCCAUGGCAAGUUCAAUGGCACUGUUAAGGCUGAGAACGGGAAAUUUAUCAUCAAUGGGAAGCCCAUCUCUAUCUUCCAGGAGCGAGAUCCCGCCAACAUUAAACGACCAGGCCUGGAGUCUAGAACUUCCAGCUCCUACAGCCACUUCCUGGUGGCCUUUGGGGUCACAGGAGGCGGAGAGUGCCUGGGCGCCCAGUGGGAGCUGCGAGCUGAGGACCACAAGGCACCCUUCGUGGAAGAGUGGAAGCGGCUCUGGGCCCGUCACUUGCACCACUACACUGCACCAGGCUGCAGAGGGGCUGACGGGCGCCCCCUGCUGGCCUUUCCUCUCCCAGAGCGGCCCCUGCUCCAGGCUGAGCUCUUAGCCCCAUGGCCCCUAAUUCACCUCUCACCCCACGUCGACAUGGACCACCCAGGACUCUUCCAGCGUUGGGCCACCCAAUCCACACCGUUCAGAGGGCCACCGCCCACGUCAUCCUCCUACGGCACCACCCCCUCCUACGUCAUCACCCCUCCAUAUCACCCACCUCCCACGUCAUCCUUCUACGUCAUCACCCCCUCCUACGUCAUCACCCCUCCAUAUCACCCACCUCCCACGUCAUCCCACUCCACCUCCCAUGUCAUCCUCCUACGUCAUCACCCCUCAUAG